AUGCUCCCCUCUCGGUUAGAAAACUGCUCAAAAGCUUUGGAACUUAAUCAGGAUGUUCCUCUCAAAUUUAUCUGGGCAACUUCCGUAACAGUUUUGCCUCUAGGCAGCAAUCUGAUAAAGGUGGAGGUAGGCUCAAAAACCCUCCGACAUAACCGUGUGGCAGGCAUACAUACGGGCUGCUAUGACAUUUUCUUGCUCUAUGCUUGGGGUGAGGAGAGUACACCGAACAAAUGA